AUGGUGCUCGCUCCUCACGCAUCCUUUCUUCCCCGCAGCUACAACGCCCGUCGGCUGCAGGAGUUACCCUUCGUCUCCCACGCCGUCAACGGCUCCAUCAAGCAAGACUACCUGCUGGACCUGGCCUGGGUGUACGACAAGGUGUGCGGGGCGGACGUGUUCCAGGUGCUGGAGGACAUUGCGCUGGAGCGCUCCAACGACGCGGACGUGCAGUGGCUGGCGAAGGCCCUGCGGGAGGCGGCGCCGGCGCUGGCCUUCGACGGCCGCCAACUCCACUCGCAGCUGUUCGCCCGCCUGACGCAGGACUUCCCCGCGGCGUCGCCGCCCCCAGCCGCCGAGCCCGGGGCCGCCCCCGUCGCCCCGGAGCCCAGCGAGUACGUCGCCGUGCCCGAGGGUCGCGCGCUGCUCCGCGCCGCCCUGGCCGCCUGCGUGGCGCCGCCGGCCCCGGCGCUGCUGCCGCUGCCCGCCAAGGUGCCAGACGACGUCCCGGAUAGACUCGACCUGAUCGUCCGCAUCCGCGACUACCCGGACUACGUUGUGGCCGUUUCCACCGCCAAAGAGGAGAUCGCCGUGUGGGACAUCGUCCGGUGCGAGCGCGUGCGGGUGCUCCGGGGGGUGCCGCAGCCGCUCAGCCUGCAGGUCGUGGACUCGCACCGGUGCAUCGUGCUCUGCCAGCGGGAGCUCCGCAUCUACGACCUGGACUCGUGCUCGCUGCUCGCCAAGCUGAAGGGUGUCAUGAACCAGAAGAUGCCCUACUACGGCUUGCACGACCAGUCGCACCUCGUGGCCCUCUCCAGGAACAGGAUGUAUGUCAAUUUGAUGAACCUGGACUCCGGCGACUGUGUAACGACGUUCAAGGCGGGAGAAGAUCGUUUCCUCAACUCCCUGUUGGUUUCUGGAGACGGACGGGUGCUGGUCUGUGGCGACGAGACCCAGAAGCCCUUCCCUCUUCUCGUGUGGAACCUUGCCUCCCGCAAGCUACUCUACGACCUCCGCAUCCCGCACCACGACUUCGUCACCUCUCUCGCGGCCAUCACCCACGAGGGGCACUACGUGUGCUGCGUGGCGCAGGAGGUGGACGAACCGAGUGCCAACUUUAUCGUAGUGUACGACCUGCAGUCCGGUACACUGUUCAAAAAGUGGAAGCCUGGAGUGAACACCGUGUCGCUCAACAUUUCUUCGAGGGACGGCUGCGUCAUCUCAGGGCUGCAAGACGGCCGCGUCCUCGUCUGGGAUCUCAUCACCGGCAACUGCCGAUGGACGCUGUCCGGCCACACGGCGCCCGUGGACUACCUGCGGCUGGACGCUCACGGCGGCAUCUUCCUCUCGGCGGACUCCAAGUGCCGGGACCGAUCGCUCAGACUUUGGGACCUGAACAAGGGCGCGCUGGUGGCGGUGUUCACGGCGCGCCAGCCCGUCACGGCCUGCGAGGUGACGCACGGCGGCGAGGUGCUCCUGCUGGCCGAGGAGGGCGCGGGCCACCCCACCACCCUGCGCCUCAAGGGGCGCGCCGCGGCCACACCGCCGGCCGCCCAGCCCACCAACGGGCAGCCGGGCCAGCAGCCCAGCCGGUACUUCGGAAACCCCGAGCAUCACGGCCGCAUCGUCGACUUUAGGUGACAAGAGACGCGGCGGCUGGCGUCCCCUUCCUCCUCAUUCUCCUAUUCCUUCUCCUCCUUGCUCCCCGUCCCCCUCCUCCUCUUCCUCAUCGUCCUCCUCCACCGUCACCCG